AGCUCCCUUCCCCUCCAGUUUCGGGAUCGUAACUCUUCUCUUCUACAUCAUCAUCCUUUCAUCCAGCACCAUCCGCCCCAACCACCUCCGAGAGACUACGGCUGCUUGCAUUUAUUUCGCGGGACAUCUCAAAACACUCCCCUGACAUUGAUUCUCAAGUGCGCGCGCCAUUCCAACCACGGCACGCGACCUAUCGCAUUCUACUGAUACUGGAUCUCCACUAUCGCAAAAUCGUCGCGCACCUCUCACGCGGUUCGUGAGGUCGCUUCAAGGCAUUGCCGUUUUUAUCGCAUUCACCACUCUCGAAUUACAGAGAAACCUAUUCUUAUCCUUCAGGCGCAGGCCACAUUCUACCUGAGUGCCUGUGCUAGUGAAGACACCUCUUUGCGCCAACACGGUUAGAGAUUUGAAGACAAGCAUCUGCGCGUGGAUCAGCUGGGAAGAGCCUGAAUCUGUUCUUGACAUAGUCGUGACUCUCAAUUAUUUCCCACGUAAUUACCUCAAUGCCUGUCUAAGGGCGCACAUCAACCUGCGCUUCGUUGCAACAGUAGAAAUAUCCCCCAACACCUGCCACGCCACCAAACGCCGCAUCACAUCGGCACGCGUCGCUUCAUCCAAAACACCACAUCACAGCCAUUCGCACGUUCUUAAUAAUGUCCGGCGAAGCGGAACCUCGACGAUCGGUGCGCGCCACUAAAGGUCAGCAUACGAAAUCGUUUGACGAACUUGAACCUGCGACCGUGCCCAAAAAGCGACAGACUAAGAAGACCAAGAAAGCCAAAGAGCAGGAACAGGAACAGGAACAGGAACAGCAGCAAGGACAAGAGGAAGAGGAGGAAGAGGAAAUCAUCCGCUGUGUAUGCGGCGCUACCGAACAAGAUGAAGAUUCUGGUGAAGCCUGGAUCGCUUGCGAAACCUGUGGCGCAUGGCAGCACAACGUAUGUGUUGGGGUAAGCUCAUACGAUGAUGAGAUACCUGAACAUUACUGGUGCGAGGAAUGCAGACCGGACGAUCACAAGGAGCUUCUCGAUGGCAUAGCCAAAGGAGAGAAACCUUGGGAAGCUCGGCGCAAAGCGCAUGAGGAGGAGUCCAAGAAGAAGAAGCGUGGCGGACGAAAAGGCAAAGGCAAACGUCACAGCGAGACGAAGGAGGAAGAUAAGACCAAAGCCAAGUCUUCUCCUGUGCCUGUUCCGGACACGACCAAAGAUAAGAAAGAAACAAAAACGGGGAAGCGAAAAGCCCCCGAAGAGUCUCACGACGCCGAUGGCAAGUCUGCCAAAGUUCGCCGCAUAUCAGAGAACGGUGCAACUCCUGUUCCUGUCUCCUAUACACCACCUGAUGACCUCGCCAAAUCGAUAUCAGAUCUGCCUGGUCCUCGGACUGGCCCAGCUAAAGCCAUGAGCAAGUCUAUCAGCCAUGUUUUGACAUUGAUGCAAAAGCAGGGCGAACUGGAUCUGGAAGAGGGCAACACAGUUGAGUCUAUGACUGAGACUUUCUCGCUCCAGAUUGAGCGCGCUGUGUAUGAUUCCUACCCUGUGACCAAGGGACAGAAAGAAUACAACCAGCAAAUUAAGUCACUAAGCUUCAACCUGAAGAACAACCCAGAGUUGUGUCAUGGACUUGUCCAUAAGACUCUGUCGCCCGCAACUCUGGCUACUAUGACAUCAGAGCAGCUUGCCUCGUCGGAAAUGAAGAAGCAGACAGCCGAGAUGAAAGCAAAGGCCGAGAAACAGUCUAUACUUUAUACUUCUGAGAUGGGACCUCGCGUCCGACGAACACAUAAGGGCGAAGAGGUCGUUGACGACGAAACAUUUGUCAACGACUCUGCUGUGCCCCUCCCACCAGGACCUCCUCGCCGGCCAGAUCCUCAGGCCGUUAAAAAGGAACCUACAGGAGGCGACAAGGCGGACCUGGCUUCGCACCCACAGCAGCAGGACGAUAAGCAGCGAUCGCCAAGCCAUCCUGAAUUCGACAUCAACGAAGUAUUCUCCAGCGUCAAGUCUCCCACUACAACUCAGAAUAGGCGGCCUUCGGCUCUGGUAACUGGAGCCAAUGGCCCGGGCGUGGAUCCCGAUGUAGAUCGCAUGCUCCAAGAUGAGAACGAGUCACCUCCUUAUUCGCCCACAGAGGAGACUCAAGACCCCGAUGUCAUCUGGCAGGGUUCUCUUGCCAUGAGCUCGAUUGCUGACUUCCCUGCCACAGCCAAAUAUAUCGGUGGUGCCAACUUUGCUUCAGUUGGACCGUGGUCUAAGUUGAUCCCAAAGAGGAUGACAGUAGCCGGACGAAUCCCCGAACAAAAUGCUAUCGAGUACUUAUGUAGUCUUCGCUACAGCAAAAGCACUGAUGUCAUUGUCGUUUCAGUUUCACCGGUCUCGCCCUUUUCUGACACUGAGUUUCACAAUCUUCUCAACUACUUCAUUAACAAGAAGCGGUAUGGCGUAAUUGGGGACAAGACAAUCGGCAAUGUACGAGAUACAUAUCUGGUACCAGUUCCUGCAGGGGAAGACAACUAUCCUGAGUUUAUGCUCAACCUGGUCGAUAAUAAGAUCCCGAGGGUCCGGACAGAACCAAUGUUGCUUGCAGUGUUUGUUUACCAUAACGAGCCUGACCAACUCAAACACCUGAAGGAUGGGACUGCCAAUCAACAAGAUGCCAAAGCCCUGGGAACACCAGUGCCUGCAGCACAUGCUCAGAGAAGCAACUCGACAGCGUCCGCGGGCCCGGCAUUCUCUCCCGCGACCCCCCAGGCCCCUCAGGGAGGGUUUCAAGGAGGCUUUCCUCAGCAAUCAUCACCAGGCCAAUGGCAGUCUACAACUCCUGUGCCAAUUCCCCAGCCACCGUACACUCGGCCACCAGUGCCACCACAAGCUCCAACCCCGGCACCUGCAGCCGCGCCAGCACAGAUGACAGAAGCACAAAGGCACCAGGCUCAGCAGGCAGGCGUGGCCAUGGCACAAGAGCUCCUAGGACAGUGGAUAACAGCCCCAACCGUGCAAUUUAUCUUGCCUCAAGCAUUCCAGAUGGCUCGCAAGGAGUGGGAAGUCGUAAGGAAGAUUCUGGAGCGUGACCCGAAAGCUAGAGACGACCUGCAGCAUCUUGGUAAUCUUCUAGAGAAGGAGAGCGCCACAGAAAAGACAGGAGGAGCUGGUGCAUAAUGAUGUUAUGGAACAAAAAGAGUAACACACAAGAAUAUAUGAAAUACCAGCAAGGGGCGUGCAGGAGUUGAACAAAGGAGGCUUCCACAAAGCGGUUUUGUUUUUUCCUUAAUAUGGGCUAGGCGGCAUGUAUAUGCUUUCGCAGAGUAUGAUUAGGGAUGGUCUAUUGGAAAUCAUGAUACUCUCGAGAAGCGAAAGUCGCGGAUUAGUGUACCUUUAUAUACCUUACCAUACCUGUACCGUAGUCAUGACUUUCUCUUCCUAUGUGUUCUAUUAUUCGUCCUCGA